AUGCUCUUCCAAUCAGUAUUCUUCGCUGCUCUCAUUUCAUUGGCUAUUCAAGGAGUCGCAGGCACUCCAAAGUCAUACGACUAUCACAAGCGAGCGACUUGUACUCCCAAAUCAGCCGGCUCAGCUUCAACAGAUGAUGUCCCCGCCAUCGUCACAGCGCUGAAGCAAUGCGGCGAUGGUGGGGUCAUCCUGUUCCCCAAAGGGACUACAUACAUGAUCAGAAGCAAGCUCAGUUUCGCCGGCUGCACCAACUGCGAAGUCCAGCUCGACGGUCGACUCAAACUCUCGGAUGAUUACACUUUUUGGAACAACUCCCGUACUCAGAUAGACAUUCGUGGAACUAAUGGGCUGAAAUUCCAUAGUCCCGCUGGUACUGGAGAGAUUGAUGGUAAUGGACAAGCUGCAUGGGAUCGCUUUGGAUCAGUUGGGGAUCUGAAGAGGCCCAUCAUGUUUGCCGUGGAGGGGUCUAGUGAUGUUGAAGUCAAUGGCUUUCUUAUGAAGAACGCCCAGAACGUUUUUGUUGAUAUCGGAUCCAACAGUGAGAGAGUCAAGUUCCUCAACAUGCAUUUGACUGCCAUCAGCAAAUCCAGUUAUCCACCAAAGAACACCGAUGGAUUUGAUAUCGGAGCGUCCAAGUACACCACUCUUUCGAACAUCUUCAUCCAGAACGAGGAUGAUUGCGUUGCAUUCAAAGCAGGCUGUAACCAAGUAACAGUCACCGACAUCACCUGUCAAGGAUCCCACGGCCUAUCAGUCGGUUCUCUGGGUAAGACAAACACCGACACAGUCACCAACGUCUACGUGAGAAAUGUCACCAUGAAAGGCGCUACGAAAGCGGCUGGUAUCAAGAUCUACCCCGGUGGUCCUGAUCACGGCACAGCAGUUGUCCACAACGUUACCUGGGAUGGCGUAAUCGUUGAUAACUGCGGUGCCGCAUUUGAAUUUGAUGCUUGCUACAACGAAGACGAGUCCUACUGCAAACAGUAUCCCAGUACCGCGCAGGUGACAGAGAUCUACGUCAAGAACUUCUCGGGAAAGACUAGUACCAAGUAUGCGCCUACUACCGGCCAUGUAUACUGCCCUGUUGAGGGAAAGAAUUGCGAUGUUGAGUUUACGAACUGGACUGUCAAGUCGGGAACUGGUGCUGGGCAGUUUUUGUGUCAGAACAUCAGCUCUGAUGUUUUGGGGAUUACCUGCAAGGCUUCUUGA